CAUAAUUGCGCAUGUACACUAUUAUGGGUUUUUGACGGACUUAACUUGCUGUGGUCAUUUGAGUUUUAGCUGGGCUUGGCCCGAGGCCUGAAAGCCCACGAAAAAAAAGGAGAUGUUUAACAUAUCUUUUGCAUUCUAUAGAAGAAACAUGGUUCUGCGUGGUGGGAUUAUGAUAGGGGACAUUCCUUGCUCCGUGUUCCAGGCGAAAGCGUUCAGGUGAAGAACUUGAAGUGCGACCUUUGGUAUCUCGUGCGUCCCGCCAAAAACAAGGAGAGUCAACACCACUUUGACAGCUGCCAGUCAGAGCCAUCAUCGACUGGGCAUUUCUUUUUUUUGAAGAGGGGGAAGUUUAUGACACUCUCCUUUGAGCUUUCUGCGAAAGUGAGAUACAAGCCGCAUCUCUAUCCCGGACCGAUUGUUUAACGUUGCAUUGCUGUCCUUUCAGCACUCUCCCUCCUCCAAACCCGCAAGCAUCCAUGCACCCUGUGCCGUGUUGCCUAUUGAGGCCCCUCCGGUUUUGACAUGCAAUGACGCGUCUAUGCAAACAAGAUCAGGGGAGCGACUCCACCCCAGCAAUUUACGACAAGCGGUCCAAAUUGUGCCCCUAUUGUCCACCCGAUUGUUCCCGUGUUAGCCGGCCGUUGUGUGGCGUGCCUGCUCGCUAGCAGCCCUAAUUGGGCUGCCUUGUUGGCCUUUUCAUAGCGACUGUAUACACACCUCGCAAGAUAGCCAGCCGAUGCCUCUAGUGGUCCUUUAUACAAAAAGAAGAAGAGGCAGACGAAGAAAAAGCCACAACCCCAGGAUAACUGGGUGGCAUUCUGGCAUUUGGAUUUUACUUAAAAAGAUCUAAUGCUCCUGUCAACGAUUGUUCAGUUAUCAGGAGAUCAGGGAGGGGUUUAGGUGGAAAACAACUUCUUCCAAGUGCCACGUCAAAAACAUCGUUCCUUACCGACCGGCCCAGACCAUUGACCAUUGCAUUAAACUAUAAUCAAAGAUUACCAUAUCGCUUGGAGAUGUCGUCUCGAGCGUGCAUUGAACCCUGUAGGCGCAGUGCCCCAUCGGUCUAGAACCAUCAUCAUCAUCGUCUUCACUAUCAUCGUCGUAAGUCAUCUCAACACUGCCGUUGAGGCGAUCUGCGGGGACCAACGAGGGAAAUCGUCAAGAAUCAGCCGGGGUUGAAGUGAUGGACUGCGUCGUGGACGUCAUCUUACCGCGGCCUACCGUGGCCGUUGGAGCAGCUCAGGCCGUGAACAGACCGCCCAAGAUGUCGGCUGGACGCGCUGGUAGUGGAGGCACGUCGUCUCUGUCCGCGUCAACGACACGACGGGGCUUGAGUUUCUCCAUCGACCGGAUCAUGGGGAACGAUUCCCCGUCUGCUGUCGCGACUUCCUCUGCCUCACCUCCGCCCAGCGCUCCGGCAAAGAUCUCCCCGUCACGAUCCUCGUUGUCACCCGUCGGCGCCAUCGAAUCGGCCAGAAGGGGCACCACCAUCCGGCCAACUCUUGCCGUUCUGCCCAGGGACCAAGCUCAGGUCACCAGACCCCGCAUGUUCGGUAUGGUGGACCCGAGCGAGCUGGACAUCCAAACGGCCAAAUACCAACACUAUUUGAACAUGGCUUGCCUACCGCUGUACAUGAACAGCAGAACGGGAACCUUAGCCCGGCCACACCCCUUCUACUCCACCACCGCCUCGGGCCAGUAUCUCACCAAGUGGUUGGCGUCAAAUAUCAACGGACAAAAACUCGAAGGUUUCCCGGUCAAAUCCCUUCCUGAUGCGAGGCUGGGUUUGACGGCCCACGCUUCCCUUCCCUUCGCCGGGUUGUUCUCGCCGUCGGCUUUCAAGACCACGGCAGACUUUGAAAGCCCAAUUUCCAGCCUGGCCGAGCGGAUGUGGACAGCAGACCCAGCGACUGCGCGUACGAGGAUCGACAGCUAUGCCCCCAAGUUUCCCCGUAACCCCGGCACCGCCUCGUCACCGCGCCCGGUCGAAGUCAAGUCGGAGAAAACCUCCCCAUCGAACACGCAGCAGAGGACCAAGCGAGCCCAGAACGGGCAGCAGAAAGCCUUCACCUGUCUGGACUGCGGUAAGGUGUUCAACGCCCACUACAACCUGACGCGACACAUGCCGGUGCACACCGGCGCACGGCCGUUCAUCUGCAAAAUCUGCGGCAAGGGAUUCCGGCAGGCCAGCACGCUGUGCCGGCACAAGAUCAUCCACACCAACGAAAAGCCGCACAAAUGCCGGGAGUGCGGCAAAGCGUUCAACCGGAGCUCCACGCUCAACACCCACAUGAGGAUCCACGCCAACUUCAAGCCCUUCAUCUGUGAGUUUUGCGGUAAAGGGUUCCACCAGAAGGGCAACUACAAGAACCAUCGGCUAACCCACAGCGGAGAAAAGGCCUACAAGUGUCACAUUUGCCACAAAGCUUUCCAUCAGGUCUACAAUCUGACUUUCCACAUGCACACUCACCAGGAGAAGAAGCCCUUCACCUGCAGCGUCUGCGGUAAGGGAUUCUGCCGCAACUUCGAUCUCAAGAAGCACGUCCGGAAACUUCACGAGAACAGCGUGACGUCCCUGCCUUCCCCGUGUUCUGACACGUCCAGCGAGUCACCCAGCCCCGUCAGCUACGCUAAAGGUACGUCCGCGCUCCCCGCGGAUUUAAUCGGAGAACACUGCGUUCUUUGAUUCAGCACAUUCACAAAGAACUCGCACUUGACUGUUCAGAAGACAAAAACUGCCAAAUUCAGCCGCACACUUGCUUUUUUUCGUUAAAUCAUGUACAUUAGCGUAAAUCUGUAAUUUUCACGACUUUGUCGUUACCCAUGAGAUUGUGUAUUGUUUAUUUAUAAAAAAAAAGGCACUAGAGGAAACAGUGUUGUUAAAAAUCUGACGUUAGACAAAAUGUUGUUAUUUUUGUAUUAAUUCCAGUAGCCACAUGCCCUUGUAUCAUCGUAUCAAUGAUUGUCGUAUAACAACAUGUUUUCUACCAUUUGCUUAAAUUCCAGUUCCGUUAAAAAAAAAUAAACAAGUGACAUCCAGGCUAAUGCACUAUUCCGUUAGUUUCAAUCGCUUUCCAAGUAACGGAACAAAAUUGAAAUGUACUCAAUUCCAAACCUUGCCUGCUCGAGAUUUCAAUUCUAGUAUUACCCAAAAGUAAAUACGAAGUGUAAAUUCCAUUGGGCAUAAUUUCGUUUGAAACGGGAUCCGGGUCCAGUGCUCAGACAUUUCGAUUGGGGGUAGUAAACGGGAUGUAACCUAACUCCUGCGGCGCCCCUUCAGAAAACCCAGAUGAACGAAGUGCCGUACAUCAGGCAGCAUCGACCCACCGCGUUGACAUGCAAUCAUUCCAAACACUCAACCGCCGGCUGUGGAUUAAAGUUGUCAUAUUUAAAAAAAAAAAAAACGAAUUCCCUUUUAAUUUCAUCCCAUCUCGAAAUGGUAUAAAUGACUGAUUUGAUUCUGACUUGUUAAACUGAUCUCGUCACAACACUGUAACCAUUGUCACUUAAACUCACCAGCCAAACAAUUAACUUUGACUUUAUACACCACUGCAUGUUUUUGUGCGAACGAAUCUAACACGAUAUAGGCAAAAAGUAAUCGAUUUGAAGAUUUCACGAAGUAGCUCAGACUUGUCUUAAGUUAUCCAGUGAGUCGAUUUGUAUUGUAAUGCACCAAAAGAUUAAAAUAUGGCUUAAAAUCAAUUUUACUGGCCAGUGCACAACCGGUGAAAACUCUAUAGUUUAUUGCUGACAUUAUAUUUUUUAGGAACUUUGUGGCUUGUAGGCUUUAAGAAACUGUAACCCGGCAGGGAUGAUUUUACAUUUGACGAAUUACACCACGGUUGGCUGAUAUUGCGCCAAAUUUGUGUACAAAAAAACUUUAAGUCCGGCUUCCGUUAUGUAUUGUGCGUGGCGUUAACCUCGCGAUAAUGCAUGCACAAUUCGUGUCCCAAGUCUUUUGUGACCAGUGUUAUACAAACUGAUGGUUUAUUGAAAGAGAUGUCAACUGCUCGCCUGAGGCCGAACAAAAACGGGAGGGGUACGCAGUACACAAGUUUAUCAUUUCAAAUCAAAACAAGAAAUACAUGUUUAAAUUUUGACAUUUCCAACUGAUUUAAUUGUGGAUCAGUGAAGAUAUGUCAUCAUGAAAGUGUGAAUUUUUCAUGCUUGAGUUACACGAAAAGUAAAUAUCGUGCAGUAAGAACAAAAAUGCCUUUCUACGAACCUGUAUUAUCAGUUGCAAGGUUUAAUUUGAUAUGAACACAUUUUGUUUUUUUCUGCUGUAUUAAUAAAAGUUUAAGUGUAUGUGACAUGUAUUUCCAUUUUUUACAUGUACCGGUAACAUUCUAUAAAAACUUACCCAUACCAAAGUUUAAUAAUCUUGGUAUUCUAAACAAUGUGUUCUCUCGCCAACGCUACAGUGGCACAUGAAGUAUGCCAUUACCAUUAUAAUUGUAUUUAUUUGCGACGGAGGUUAUUUUUCUAAUGUCAUCAGUCCCCCACACAUCUCGCACACUAAUGCUUUACUCGCUUUUACGAGGACUGGCCCGCAGCGUGAUCUGUGAAAACAGCCUACCGUGCGUCCUUGAGUUUUCCCCGCCCGCGCGUCCGUUGUGUCGGACCGGCCCAGGGCGACUUCUCCGGCUUAAAACGUCAACCUCAUAUUAAUAUGAUUUUUUUUUGGGCUGUUUUCAUUGUACGUCACUCUUCUCGGUCCAAAAUUAUAUUAACGAGCCGUAGUCGCGUUCUGAGUUUGCACCCGUGCUGGAUGUGUAUCUGUAGCUGAGAAUGUGCGGUUUGUGCAUUCGCACAUGUGCCGUACGGCUAGCAUACUUAUUCGGCACAGUUGCAAACCCAGCACGAAGAUAUAUAAAUGGAUUAUUCCAAGGAUAUCGUAACAAAUAAGGCACUUUAAAUCAAAAUCUGUUUCACUGAUAGAUUGCAUUUCAGGCGCACUGCCGAAAUUGGAAUCUCCACUAUAUGCUUUUAUUGACGAUUUGCCCUUCCGAGAUGCCAAGUUUUAGGGAAAAAGUACGAUAAUUUAGAAGUAUUAUGUUUAAAUCUAGAGGGUUUAAAUCGUGUUUUUUUAUCAGUACCAAAACAUGAUGGAGUAGAAUCCAUUGUCAUUGAUCCAUCUUUAGAUUUGAUUCUUUAUUUGUCUUUACUUCAUCUCGUGGCUCAGCCUUCAGCAAAAAUUUGCAAAUCAAGAUUUUUUUAAAAUCCAAUUCUCAGAUUAUCACGUCAUAAGAUUCACGCGUUGGAUUAUAAAAAGUUUUUCGAUAAGAAUUCCCCCCAAAAUUGACUCAGGCCAGUGGCUACAAAUUGUAUGGUUAUUUGACAGUACAUGUGCUUAAGUAUAUGUUGUUCAAGUGUUGUAUUAUUAAUGAGUGGUGUAAGCUUCACCCGGCUAUAUAAUUAUCUGAAAUUUUGAAGUUAAACUUACAUCGUCAAUGUUCUGUAUGAUAGUGUUAAAUAAGACAUAUUUCAGAGGACGACCUAGUCUGUGGUACAUUAUAAAGUGUACGAGUGCAUGCAUGGUAUUGACAAAUAAAUUACGCAAACUGAAAAAA